CCUGAGGGUGUAGGAGCCGCCAUACGUGAUCAGGAGACUGGCAGCUCAUGAUGGAUUGUACUCUAAACGGAUUUUAUUACGAGGUUUGUCAAAAGUGCAGCAUAGGUAUACUGUUGCAAAAAAGGAAAGCAUCAUAGUCCGAAGGCAGACACUUUAAGCACAGCGUCCAGGUAAGCUGAAUUAGGGUUUACUUAACAGCAGCGAGCAGGUGUAAACGGGAAAAUGUAAAGCAAGAAGUCUGUCGAUGGACAAAGGAAGUGAUGCUAGGGAGCACAAAUAAAUGCUCGUACACACCAUGUAUUCACACUCAUUUUCUUACCCAGUGAAAGCCGUCAGGUGCUGACUUUAUUGAUAUACUGUAAGAUUAAAAAUCAUAUGAGAUGACGAGUCUUUCAGCGUUCACGUGUCGCCGCAUACGAAGAGGAUUUCUUUGAGUAGCAUACCAGAAUACACAGUUCAUCUUCUACUAGACAUGAUCAUGUGCCAGUUAUAUUGGGGUUUGACAUCUGUGAGCGAGAGUGUAUUACAUGAAGGAUUACAAUCAGCUGUGUGGGACAUUUGCUGAUUGGCAUCCACGACAACGUGAAAAGACGACAGUAAAACUCAUUCAAAAGACGCACGAGGAGGACCAUCGUAGACAUGAAGUGCGUCAAACGAAGUUUGGCAAGUGGAACAAACGUUUUGCGUGUUCUGGUGGCUUACUGCUCGCUUCUUCUCUACUUUGCCCCUCCCCUCGUAUCCUCGUUCGGUCAAGGGCUUCAGAUCCAAGCCAGUUUUAAUAUUUACUGCAACCGCCGGGCGAGCCAGAGGUUCCCCGUGCAUUACGAUGUCGCCGCCUGUAACGGCCUGUGUGAGCCCAGGAGGAACGUGCAGCACUUAUUGAACAUCAAAGUCAACGCUAGCACCUACUUCCGGGUGGGCGUUGAAGUUCUGAUCGAGGUGGAACCAGCUAGGACACGCAACCUCAACAUCGUGGGCUUCGGGGUUGUUGCCCUCACGGACGAUGACAGGAUCGUAGGGAGGUUCUUGGAUCAGCGUGACGUGUUGAUUGCGUCAUGUGACCCGCUGUUGGAAGGUUCCACGGCUUUUCAUGCUCGACCUGCUGCCAAACGAUCGUCCUUGAAACUGGUCUGGUUACCUGGGUCCAGGAAUUAUGGGAAAGUUCACUUCCGAGCUUGGAUCGUAGCACGACACAGUGAAGUCUACGUUCUUGAUUCUGACUAUGUUUUGAAUGAAGUCUCAGGAACCAAGACUAUUCCCGUGAAGGACGAUUUCUACCAGGUCAUGCUCAGAGUUUUUAACAUCUCUCGAUCGGCCAUCACGACGACAUCCAGUGCCGUUUCUUUAUCCACAGGCAGCAGCGACGACGAACCUGCUCCCCCAGCCACCGCCAGCAGCAACUCCCCUCCUACCCAUGACAUGGAGAGUGUAGAGGUCGUCUCCAACAGCACUCACGACGACACGGAGGAGCACGCAAUGACGUUGGUGGUGUCUUUUUCGGGAGGACGGCGAGUAAGCUGCAGAUCCCGAACUUGGACUCCUUCGAAAACUCAUUUGAGCGGCCGCUUGAUGACGGGGUUCAAUCUCACCUCCAGUGAUCCUUUCGCACACACGAAGCGAGACGUGCCAGAGUUUAGGGACAUGUUUCCGGAAGCACCUCCUCCCUCCUUCGAUUCCCCCCUCACCGCCCCCUUUGCGUCGGACCUGACCAACCCUUUCUUCCAGUCCUUUGGGGGUCUGGAGUCUUCCAUACGAGGCUCAAACUCGCCACAGCCCGGUGACUCUGUCAGGCAGAUGUUCCCUACAGGAAGUGGGCCGACCUUUUUUAUUUCUGGACAAGCACCAGGCGAGGUAUCAGCUGUCCGCUUGGGGCAGCAGGCGAGCAGAACUGCCUCGAGCUUUGGAGCCAAUGGCGCUGAUUUAGCUUCAAAUGCAAACUCGUUUGCGUCUCAAGAUUUUGGCAUGAGACUAAACCCAAACAACAGGGGCUCUAGUGCUGCUGCCACCGCACCAUUCACAGGAUUUUCAGGGCAGCUGGGUUUUCCGGAUUUUCAGACAAUGCUUUCUGGCCAGACGAGCCCGCUUGGCUUCCAGCAGCAAGGCUUCAGCCAGAAUCAGUUUGGUGCAGGCCCCUUUAACCAGCAGCCAGCGUCAUUCCAGAACCAGCAAAACCUGGGUAACCUCUGGUUUGGACAACAAGGCUUUGGCCAGCAAGGCUUCGGACAACAGUCGAUGCCCUUCCUGUCUCAAACUGGUGCCGGUGGUAGCGCGUUUGGCCAGCAGUCCGGCAGUCUCGGUCAGCAGCAGUCUUCUGCGAACCCUUUCAGCUUCUUUAAUUUCCAGCAAAGCGCCAGCACAUUUCCGGCUACUUCCAACAGUCUCGGCUUUCCCAACGCUUUCGGCUCCAACAGUCUCUUCGGCAGCUUUGCCAGUUCCUCUUCUUCUUCUUCAUUCUCAAACCUAGACCAAGGCCGGUUUAGUUCUUUCUUCGGUGGUUCGUCUGGAGGAAGCUCCAGUUUAGACUCGUUUUCUUUUCCAUCUAGUUUCGGUGGGUCUAGGACGAACUUUGGUCAGAUAGGCUAGCCGGUACUUACAUUUUCGGGGAUUCUAGAAGAACAGAAUGACAAAAAUAGAAUUCUGGUCUUCUAGAAUCUAGAUCCAUUCUUUAAGAGUAUAGUAAAGGGAAGCAACACGAGCAGCAUUGAGUACCUGCGUGUACACUGGAUGAAGGAACUUUGUCUGAAACGCGGAUAACAGUAUUGAAGUAUUGAAGAAAAGUGCAGACAGAUGAAAUGUUUUACUUUCUCUGUCUUUAAUUUAUCCGAUGUCUGAUGCUAAUGAUGCAAUGUAAUAAGGUGAAAUAACAAUAAAAGCUAGAUGUGUAC